GUGCUCUACAUGCUGCAGCAGAGAAGAAGCAAGGGAACUCGGAACUACUUUGAAUGGAAACUCCCUUUUUCUUCUGUUACUGUCACACAGUUUGGUAACUUAGAUGAAGUAACUCGGACGUUAGAGAGCGUUCAUAAACGGAGCAAAGAUGCGCGACCGAACCAAAGAAUUGGGAAAUCCUGCAGAUGGCUCGGAUGAAGACGAGGAAGGCACAGCACUCAUGUUCAAACCAGGUACAGGGACCUCCGUAAAGGAGGACAGAGACAAUGAGGGUUUCUUUCGGAAGGUCCAUGAGAUUCGAGAGGGGCUUGAAUCUCUUAAGAAGAAAGUGUCUGAACUGGAAAACAAACAGAAAUCUGUUUUAAGUGAAGCACUUCCGAAGGAAAGUAUGAAAAAGGAACUUCAGACAAUAAGAGAUGAGAUCAAAGUAUUAGCUACCCAAAUCCAGAAGAAGCUGAAGAGUAUUGAACCCAAGAAAAUUGACGAAGAUGGGAAAUAUGUUCCAAUAAACUUAAGAAUGCAAAGAACACAGCAUGCUGUCCUGUCCCGGAAUUUUAUUGAGUCGAUGAGUUACUGUAACACAAUUCAAUCCCAGUACAGGGAUAGAAAUGUGGAGAGGAUACAAAGGCAACUCAAAAUCACUGGCAAUAAUGUGACUGAUGAACAGCUGGAGGCAAUGCUUGAGAGUGGACAGACAGAUGUGUUCACACAAAAUAUCUUAACAGAUGCCCAAGCCACCCGGCAGGCACUAAAUGAGAUUGAGUCACGGCAUGAUGAGAUUCUUAAACUGGAGAAAAGCAUCAGAGAUCUUCAUGACAUGUUUCAGUAUCUUGCCAUGGAAGUGGAGGCACAAGGGGAAAUGGUUGAUCGUAUAGAGAACAACAUAAUUAACUCUUCUAACUAUGUAGAGAAGGCUGUCGAAGACACAGGGGCAGCUGUUGUCUCUCGAAACAAAGCCAGAAAGAAAAAAAUGUGGAUUGCAGUGUGCAUUGCAAUUUUAGUUUUGAUAAUAGCCAUUGCCCUGGCUGUUAGUUUCAGCUGAGCUGAGUCCAGUACUAUUAACGCAGGUUUGUACACUUCAACAGAGAGAGCAAGCUAUCAUCAAAUGAAACUUUAAUUCUCAUUCUCUCGAAAAUAUAUACAGUGGCUCACAUAUCUCCUAACUCCAACUUUAUUGACAUGUCCACUUGAUUGGCUUAUAUGAAAAUUACUUCAUCUGCUUCAUUUCAUGUAGCAUUUUUGUUUUUUGCAUUACAACUCUACAAUCUCUUUGCAAUGUUCUGAAAUGUGACCCUUUCUAUACAGCAGCUCAAAAAACCCUUAAAAUAUUUCCAAAAGUUUUCUUUUACAGUUCGAACAGACAUUGGAGAAUCCUUAACUUUGAUUGAGAUUUCAUAGUUUUAAAAUUUUGCAACUACACUAUAUAACCAAAUAUAUGUGGGCCCAGAUUUCUCUUCAAUGGAAUUAAGAGGCCCAAACUUAUUCCAGCAUGAUAAUGCCCUUGUGAGUAAGGUCCAUAAAGACAUGGAUUGCCAAAGUGGAUCUAGAAGAACUCGAGGGGCCCAAGCCCUGACCUCAACCCCACUGAACACAUUUUGGACGAAUUGAAAUGCUCACUGCUCGCCUGGCAUCAGUGCCCAUCCCACUAAUGCUCUUGUGGCUGAAUGGUCCAACAGCCAUAUACCAAGAUCUAGUGGAAAGCCUUCCUGGAAGAGUAAAUGAUGCUAUAGCAGCAAAGGGGGACCAACUCUAUUAAUGCCCAUGGGUUUGGAAUGGGAUGUUCAUUGAGCACAUAUGGGUGUGAUGGUCAGGUGGCCACAUACUUUUGUCGAUAUAGUGUACAUACCGGUGACAUUAAAGGGAAAAACUCUUACAGUGUCUUUUUGAUCUACCACAAGGCAGAGGGAUGAAAGACCACUGUUCCAAAAUAUAUUCCCUGAAUAUUAUUCCUGUUGAUGUUAAUGGAGAGCACUGUUUAACACCUCAGUCCAAAACUCCAAUUUUUCAUGUAUUUGUCAGACUUGAACGGCUGUGUUUUGAAAAGGCUGAUGUGUUACUUGUACAGUAAAAUAUUAUUAUUGUUGUUAUUAAUAAUUUGUUUUAUUUCCCCCUCUUCUCCCAGUGUUCUCUUUCUGCUGGUCUCCUCUGCUUUGCAUUUUAAACAAAUUUUGUUGAUGACAUAAUCCUGUUUUUCAGUAACAUCAUCAUACAUCCACAGUCUCUUCAGCUCUUCCAAGUUCAUGAUUAAUGGCCUUUUGACCUAGAGAUAAACAUUUCAUUUUUGAAACUGUGCUUGCAAAAGUCAUUUUGAAAUAACACUGACCUAGAAAUAAUUGCUCUCAGGAAACCCCAUAUGAUAAAAUCAGAUUUUUAAUAUAUAACCAUACAGAAGAACCUCAAAAUCACUGUAAGAUGUUUGAGCCUUUUUUUUUUUUAUCUUUCUGUUGAAAAUAUUAAUUAUAUUUUAUAUUAUCAUAUUACAUCUGUUUGUAUGUGUGUGUGUUUUUAUAUAUAUAUAUAUAUAUAUAUAUAUAUAUAUAUAUAUAUAUAUAUAUAUAUAUAUAUAUAUAUAUAUAUAUAUAAAACAAAACUAAUCUUUUAUGUUGUUGCUUUUAUUUUACAGUAUCUGCUCCUGAAAUAUUAGUCGUGUAAUUUUAUUUCAUAAUAUACAUGUUCUCUUUACCUAAUCACAACUCUACAUGUAGUUCUAUAAUAUGAGCUGAAACCCUGCAAAGAAAUCAAGGCAGUAGAAAUUGUUCAUUAAUUGAGUAACACACUAAAAAAUGUGCUGCGAGUUAUUUAUUUGGGCCUUGUCUCAAAUAGACAAUGUAGAUCUGCUUUUCAAGCAUUUAAUAUGUACGGUCAGUAACUUUCUGGGUGCUUUAGCAUAAUUAACUUCUAUCUGUAUGAAUGUAGUGGCAGGUAUUAUCAGGCAGAGUACUGCAAUAUUUUGGUGCAUGAUGUGAUGUCAUUUUGUACUGAACUACCUGUAAUUUUAAUACAGAACUGUUGUUUUAAAAUAAAAUGCAUCUUAUACUAAA